AUGGCAAUAAAAUUACAUAUGUAUUUGACCUUGUUUCUUCUUGGUUCUAUUCCAAAUCUUCCAGGAGCACCUACAUCACAAUCUUCUGGUAUCGUGGAAAAUCGAUCAACACAUAAUCCUGAACGAAAUCCUGAAUUCAAAGGAGAUGAUAUUGUUCCUCCACCAUUUACUAACUCUUUGGCUGAAAGAAGCACAGGAUCAAGACCCGCACAUCAACGAUGGUCUGGUGGUGUAGUACCCUAUGAGAUAGCUGGGAAUAUCAGUGCAAAUAAUUCUAUCUUUAUUGUUAAUAUGAUGAGAGCAAUAGAAAAUCUUACACAAGUUAAUAACACUCAGUGUAUAUCAUUUCGUCCGAAAACCGUAUCUGACCCCUACUUUAUUACAGUCUUCAAUGGACGUGGUUGUUACGCUCCAAUUGGAUUUUGGGGCGCCUAUGUUGGUGUACGUCCUGUUUCAUUUUUACAUGGAACCUAUGCAACCUGUAUGGUAUCGGGCAUUAUCCAACAUGAGUUGAUGCAUGUACUAGGUGAGAUUCAUGCACAUAAAUUAAAAAUGAAUCAUUUUUAUCUUUAUCGAAAAACAAAAGGCUUCUAUCAUGAACAAUCACGACCUGAUCGAGAUUUGUAUGUUUCAAUUCAAUGGAGGAAUAUUGAUCCUAUGAUGCACUAUGAACGUAAUGCAUUCGCUUUAAAUGCUAGUGGAGUAACUAUCAUCCCAAUACAAAAUGCAAGUGCAUAUAUUGGGCAACGCAUUCAAUUGAGUCCUAUUGAUAUUCUGACAAUUCAGCGUUAUUAUGGUUGUGUUCCAACACCAUCUACUCUGAAUACAGCUACAAAUAGAAUGCCAGUGGAAUUUCUGUUUGAAAUCAAUGAUUUUUUACAUGACAAAUAUAAAUAA